CCCUGUUUCUAUGUACCUGCUGUAUUUAAGGACCGUCUUAGUGGCCACCACGGGCUGACAUGAACAUCUUUACUAAGGUCCCCGGACUAGUCAAACAAACCAGCAAGCUGGGGUCUGUGCUCCAACGUGCCUUUUACGGGUCCAGUGGGAGGGUGACCCUUUUCGAGCAGAGGAACUUUGCAGGUCGGAGACUGGACCUGACCUCUGACUGUCAGAAAUUGAGUGAAAAAAACUUUCCCGACAGAUGCAACUCUGUCCAGGUUGAGAGUGGAGCAUGGGUGGCAUAUGAACAUGAGAACUUCCGAGGACGUCAGUACCUGUGGGACAUGUUUGACAGGGGGGAGUACAAUUGCACCGAUAGGUGGUGUGCUCAGGGUGACCACAUCUCCUCUGUCCGUACUGUGAAACAAGACAACAACCCUCCCCGUGCACAGCUGUUUGAGAGAGCAGGUUUCUCAGGCAAGAAGACAGAGCUCCAUGAUGAUAUCCCCAACCUGAUGAGCCGUUACAGCCUUAACAGAGUUUCCUCCAUCAGAGUAAUGGGAGGAACCUGGGUGGCAUACCAGGAGCCUAACUACAGAGGAGCACAUUACAUCCUGGAAAAGAAGGACUACAACAACUUCUCUGACUGGGGUGCUCAAAGCAGCACCAUUGGCUCAAUUCGCCGUGUCCGCUUCAGCUAAACAAAACGAAAAAAACACCCACUGAAAAACACCCACAUCUGUCAGCUCUUUAUACAAACAAUAUGCCAUAAAUGAAACAAACCCCACAGAAGACCUAUUUUAGUAAUAAACUGAUGAAAAAGACAAAUGUUG